CUGACCUGAGUCUCAGACUCGUUUCAUUAACUCAACACUGUUCUUUUCUCGUGAAGCUUUUUUCUCUACACUUGUAACAUCACACUCUCCUCUCUGUCCCUCUCUCUCUCUCACAGUAAAACACACUGGCUGCAAAGGAAAAAAUAAAAUAAAAUAACACCUGGCUCGUGAAAACAGUUGCUCAAACACUGUACGAUUCUUCUUAUCAUCUGCACUUUUCUUGCUGAGUGAAAGCUCCUUUUUUUCCUUGAGCCCUCUUUGUCAAAAUUUUUGUAUUUUGAUUUUUGAGUCUUUUUUUUAAGUGUUUGUUUGUUUGUAUGUGUUUGUGUCUCUAGGUUCAAUGAAGAAUCCGUCCCCUCGUAAGAUUUUUGCUUAUUUCGUGCAUUUGGGUUUUUGAUCGAGCAUUCUUGAAAUUAGGAUUUUUCUAGGUACCUGAGUUUCGAGACAGCUUAUUGAAAAAAAAAGCGGAAAAGGCUAUGUAGAUUUUCUAGGUCAAGGUUGUCUUGAUUUCUUUAAUUUUUUUAUCUGUUCGACUUUUACAAAAUAUCAGCAACAGUGUCUGAGCUGUGUAUAGUGUGUAUACAAUCCUAUUCUGGGCAAAGAUUCACGAAAAGUUUGACAUUUUCCAGUUUCAUCAUUUUCCCCAUUUGGGCUGUUAUAAAUAUAUAGAAAAAAUGCCACCUUUGAGUUUAUUAAGCAUUUUCCUAUUUGGGAUACUUUCAAGUUCUCAGCUUGCCACUGCCCAGCUUCUGAGUGAUCAGUCUACAUUACUCGCAAUUGGUAAAGAGCUAAAUUUACCAAAAUGGGACAAAGAUGUCUCAGAUUAUUGCACUUGGCCUGGCAUUUUUUGCAGCCCAAACUCCCCAUAUGUCGAGAGACUCGAUCUUUCGAACCAUGGGCUUAAAGGUAAUAUCACCCUCAUCUCUGAGCUCAAGUCACUCAAAUGGCUUGACCUCUCACACAACAACUUCCAUGGAAAUAUCCCACCAGCUUUUGGAAAUUUGUCUGAGCUUCAGUUUCUUGAUUUGUCCUUUAAUAACUUUGGGGGUUCAAUACCUCUUGAUUUGGGUAAGCUCACAAACCUCAGGGCAUUAAAUCUUUCGAAUAACAUGCUCACGGGUAAAAUCCCUGAGGAGCUCGAGGGUUUAAGUGAUUUGCAGUAUUUGCAGGUGUUCACUAAUAGAUUGAAUGGUUCGAUUCCCACUUGGGUGGGUAAUUUGACCAAUCUGAGAGUUUUUACCGCUUACGAGAAUGAGCUGAGUGGCGUUAUUCCAGAAAAUUUAGGGUCUUUCUCCGAGCUUGAGUUGUUGAACCUUCAUUCAAAUUAUCUGGAGGGUUCAAUCCCAGAGUCCAUUUUCUCAAUGGGGAAAUUGGAAAAUUUGAUCUUGACUCAGAACAGGUUUAGUGGCUUUAUUCCCGAUUCAAUUGGGAAAUGCAAAGGGCUGUCAAGUGUUAGAAUUGGAGAUAAUAAUCUGAUUGGUGAGAUCCCCAGAGAAAUUGGUGAUGUCAGCGGCCUUACCUAUUUCGAAGCGGAUAACAAUAAUCUUUCCGGGGAGAUUCAAAGUGAAUUUUCGAAAUGUACUAAUCUCACCCUCUUGAAUUUAGCCUCAAAUGGGUUUUCUGGGACUAUACCUCCAGAACUUGGAAUGGUGGCUAGCUUGCAGGAACUGAUUAUUUCUGCAAACAACUUGUUUGGUGAAAUUCCUCAGUCAAUCCUCAGGGCCAAGAAUCUGAACAAGCUCGACUUGAGCAAUAACAGAUUCAACGGCACUAUACCGGAAAAUAUCUGCAAUUCAUCGAGGUUGCAGUUCUUGCUCCUGGGGCAGAAUUCGUUGAGAGGUGAAAUUCCAAACGGGAUUGGAAAUUGCGGGAAAUUGCUCGAACUGCAUUUGGGGGGUAAUUACUUAACUGGAAAUAUUCCUCCCGAGAUUGGCCGUAUCAAGAACCUGCAGAUUGCUUUGAAUUUGAGCUCAAAUCAUUUAUAUGGCCAGCUACCAGCCGAGCUAGGAAGGCUCGACAAGCUGGUUUCGUUAGAUGUUUCGAAUAAUCAGCUCAGCGGGAGUAUACCAUCUGCACUCAAAGGGAUGCUGAGCUUGAUCGAGGUUAAUUUCUCUAACAAUCGACUUAUGGGACCAAUACCUUCUUUUGUACCCUUUCAAAAAAGCCUAAAUUUGAGCUUUAUUGGAAACAGAGGUCUAUGUGGUGAGCCGUUGAAUGAUUUGUGCAGAAAUUUAAGUGAUUCUACUCGUAAUAAUGUUGAUCGCCACAAAGUUCCUUUCAGAGUUGUGUUAGCUGUUAUUGGUUCGGGUUUUAUAGUUUUUACCUCGGUGGCCAUCAUCGUAUUUUUAUUCAUGAUGAGAGAGAAAUUAGAGAAAGGUAUUAAGGAUGAAAAAAACGACGAAUUUCAAAUCGGUGAAAAUAACAAGCCUGUGAUUGUUGCUGGAAAUGUUUUUAUCGAGAACCUAAGGCAAGCGAUCGACUUUGAAGCUGUUGCCCGAGCCGUUGCAAAAGAUUCGAAUAAACUGAGCAUUGGGACUUUCAGCACUCUCUACCGGGCAGAUAUGCCUUCCGGGAUAAUCUUGGCCGUCCGAAAGUUGAAAUCGAUGGACAAAAGCAUAGUUCAUCACAAAAGCAGGAUGAUUAGAGAGGUCGAGAAGAUGAGCAAACUAUGCCACCCGAAUUUGACGAGGUCCGUCGGGUUCGUUUCUUUUGAGGAUGCUCUGCUUUUGCUUUACCCGCAUUUCGAAAACGGGACUUUGGCACGAUUUCUCCGCGAGUCAAAGGAAAGCCCGGAUUAUAAUAAGCCUGAAUGGCCCACGAGGCUCUCGAUUGCGAUUGGUGUGGCCGAGGGAUUGGCUUUUCUCCAUCACUUGGCAAUUAUCCAUUUAGACAUAUCUUCGGGAAACGUUUUUCUUGAUUCUAAUUUGAAUCCGCUCGUUGGAGAAAUCGAAAUAUCGAAGCUUAUUGACCCGUCGAGAGGGACUGCGAGCAUUAGUGCUAUUGCUGGCUCGUUCGGAUAUAUUGCACCGGAGUAUGCGUACACCAUGCAAGUGACUGCACCGGGUAAUGUCUAUAGCUAUGGUGUUGUUUUGCUUGAGAUUCUUACGUCUAAACUCCCGGUUGACGAGACGCUUGGCGAAGGGGUGGAUCUUGUGAGGUGGGUCCACCAUGCACCAGCCAGAGGAGAAACACCCGAGCAGAUUCUUGACGAGAGGUUGAGCACGGUUUCAUUUGCGUGGAGAAAAGAAAUGCUUGCAGCUCUCAAGGUGGCAUUGUUGUGCACGGAUAGCACGCCGGCUAGGCGGCCCCGCAUGAAAAACGUGGUUGAGAUGUUACGGGAGAUCGGGCAGAAUUAGGGCGCGGUUCGUGGGUUGUGAUUGCAUUUUUUUUUUUUUUUNGAAAAAUAGUUUCUUGAGAUGUUUGGGUUGGUUUGUAGCAAAAUUUCUCAUCUUUGUGCAUCUUGAGAGUUGCUG